UGAAGGCUUCAUUUUAACACAUUUCACCAACUACAAAUAUGGAGACUUCUGGAAACUCGAGCAAAAAGCAGAAACUGAGUAACUCCCCAGAAAGCUGGGGAAUGCAACGAGCAACUAACGUCACGUAUCAGGCCCACCAUGUAAGCAGAAACAAACGUGGACAGGUGGUGGGUACGAGAAGUGGAUUCCGGGGAUGCACGGUUUGGCUGACAGGUUUGUCUGGAGCUGGAAAGACAACAGUGAGCAUGGCUCUGGAGGAGUAUUUGGUGUGUCACGGCAUCCCUUGCUACACCCUGGAUGGAGACAACAUCCGUCAGGGGCUGAACAAGAACCUGGGCUUCAGCCCGGAGGACCGGGAGGAAAACAUCCGCCGCAUCGCCGAGGUCGCCAAACUCUUCGCCGACGCUGGACUGGUCUGCAUCGCCAGCUUCAUCUCCCCAUACAGCAAGGAUCGACUCAAUGCCAGGAGGAUCCACGAGGCCGCAGGACUACCGUUCUUCGAGGUGUUUGUGGACGCCCCCCUGGAUGUGUGUGAACAGAGAGACGUGAAGGGCCUGUAUAAAAGGGCCAGAGCUGGAGAGAUCAGAGGGUUCACCGGUAUCGACUCUGAGUAUGAGAAACCCGAGGCCCCGGAGCUGGUGCUGAAAACAGACUCAUGCAGCGUGAACGAGUGCAUCCAGCAACUCCUGGACCUGCUGCAGGAAAGGGACAUUGUGCCUGUGGACGCGUCCUAUGAGGUGAAGGAGUUGUAUGUGCCGGAGAACAAGCUGGAUUUGGCCAAGGCGGACGCUGAGACGCUGCCUGCAGUAGAGAUCAGUAAGGUGGACAUGCAGUGGGUGCAGGUUCUGGCUGAGGGUUGGGCCACGCCUCUUAACGGGUUCAUGAGAGAGAGAGAGUACCUGCAGUGUCUCCACUUUGAUUGCCUGCUGGAUGCCCUGUAUCUGCCCAGUGGUGUGAUUAACCUGUCCGUGCCGGUGGUCCUGGCUGUCUCCAGCGGCGAUAAGGAGCGUCUGGACGGCUGCACGGCCGUGGCGCUGUCUUACGCCGGCCGGCGCGUUGCCAUCCUCAGGAACCCCGAGUUCUACGAGCACCGUAAAGAGGAGCGCUGCGCCCGGCAGUGGGGCACGACCUGUAAAGACCAUCCAUACAUCAAGAUGGUGAUGGAGAGCGGGGACUGGUUGGUUGGAGGAGACCUACAGGUGCUGGAUCGAAUCUACUGGAAUGACGGGCUGGAUGCUUACAGACUCACCCCCACUGAACUCAAGCAGAAAUUCAAAGAAAUGAAUGCAGACGCCAUAUUCGCCUUCCAGCUGAGGAACCCCGUGCAUAACGGCCACGCCCUGCUGAUGCAGGACACGCAGCGGAGGCUGAUUGAGCGCGGGUACCGCCGGCCCGUUCUCCUGCUCCACCCGCUGGGCGGCUGGACCAAAGACGAUGACGUCCCGCUGCAGUGGCGCAUGCGCCAGCACGCCGCCGUCUUGGAGGAGGGAGUCCUGGACCCCUCCUCCACCAUCGUGGCCAUUUUCCCCUCGCCCAUGAUGUACGCCGGCCCCACCGAGGUUCAGUGGCACUGCAGAGCGCGGAUGGUGGCCGGUGCAAAUUUCUACAUCGUAGGACGCGACCCUGCUGGUAUGCCCCACCCGGAGACUGGCAAAGACUUGUACGAACCCACUCACGGUGCCAAGGUCCUCACGAUGGCGCCCGGCCUCAUCUCGCUGGAAAUCGUCCCCUUCAAAGUGGCGGCUUACAACAAAGUGAAGAAACGCAUGGAUUUUUAUGACCCAAAAAACCACCAAGACUAUGACUUCAUUUCGGGCACGCGAAUGCGGAAGAUGGCCCGGGAAGGCCAGAACCCUCCGGACGGCUUCAUGGCCCCGAAAGCCUGGACUGUCCUGAAAGAGUACUACAAAUCUCUGGAGAAGAACGCCUAAGUCUGUCCCCAGCGUGGACCACUCCAGCAUCUCAGUAACGUUUUAAGAAAAAAAAAAGAAAAAACACACACACACACACACACACACAGAUAC